AUGUCUGCUAGAAAUCUUCAGCCAUCGGGAGCAUCACCUCCUCACCCUUCCACAACUUUCCACCACUCCACGCAGACCUUAUCUUCACAGGAAGAAGGUACUGAGGGAGAUGAGAGUUCAAUGGAAGAAUUUUUAUUUCUUCAAGAGGAAGAGAGCCCGGAGGAAGGCCAGUACCUGGAGGAGGAGGAAAAUGAUCUGAAAGGAAAGGAGUAUCUGGAGGAAAAGGAGUAUCUGAAGGAGGAAAAGUGUCUACAGAAGAAAGAGCUGCUGGAAGGAAAAAGGUUUCUGUAUGAAAAGUUUCUGGAAGAGGCCGAGGAGUUUGUCUCUAAAGAGAGCUUUUGGGAUCGUAUGUUAAGUGAUCCCAUUGACACACUGGAAGCCGAAGACUUUGAAGCCAACGUUGUGACCAGCUCCUAUCAGUCAGUGUUCAGGACCAUGCUCAAAGAAAUGGCAGCUUGCAAUGAACUGGAGGAGGAUAUUAACAUUCCCCUGACUGGUCAUCUGGAGAGUGAGACCAGAACGAAACUGGGAACUCUGCUGAAGAAAAAUUUUGGAAAAUAUAAGGACACAAUCCUCUGGAUUAUGAAGAAACGUGAAAGUAAGAACCCUCUCCCACCUUCCACCCCGUUGCCCGGCUCUCCCGGGUGCGUCUCGCUGUCUCCCACCUUCUGCCAUGUACAUCAAGGUGAUGGAAAAAUCAUUCUCUACCCCAGUGAGAUUGUCUUCCAAAUUCUCUUUCCUGAUGGAUCAGGCCAGAUAUAUUAUCCAUCAGGACACCUGGCUCUGCUCAUCCUCAGUAUAAAAGAGGAAAAGUUCACAUACAUCAUUCUGGAAGACAGUGAAAAUAUGUGUGUCCGGGCCCUUAUCAACAACUCUGGCCAUGCCACCUUCUAUGAUGAAAAUGGAAACAUCUGGUUGAACCUGAGCCCAAACCUGGGAUACUACUUCACCAGAGACAAGUACCAGAAGGCCUGGAACUGGUGCGACCUGAACCUCCACAUACAUGCACCCCCCGUCCAGCCCAUCUCCUUGAAAAUUAACCAGUACAUCAAGGUGCAAAUAAGGAGCCAGGAUAAGAUCAUCUUCCGCUUCAUCCACAAAAAGAAGCACAUUUGCUUAAACCUAGGCACCAAGUACAAGUACAUCACCCCGGCGGUGCUGAGCAAAAUGAAGAAGAAAGCAGUCCUGGAGAUGGAAUUCAGUUCAACGGCUCGGAAGAUCCAGAUCCUUCUGGGGAAAAUGAGGAAGAUCAUGAGUAUACUGACCAUAUCUGAUUUGGAAUGCUUCAUACAGGGCAUCAAGGUCUUGCCAACAAGACACUAUGAGUUGCAGGAGGAACUCUCACCUUCCAAGCAGGGGCAGUCACCAAACUGUGCUGCUUCGGCACGUGCUGAAUGUUUUGGGGAGGUGGAGGUGUCCGAAGCCCCGAGGAAACCCCCAAAGCUCUAG